AUGUCGUCCAACGAUCCCGCCGCAGCGCGUCGGCUGCUGCCACAAAGUGCACAUGUGAACUCGUUCUCUUUCGUGCCACCGACAUACCAACCUCCAAGGGAGACCCAAAAGAACUAUGUUUUCGUAGACGAGCACAAUCGACACAAGCGGCUGAAGGUCAUGAGAGCUUGUGAGGGUUGUCGGAGGAGGAAAAUUAAAUGCGAUGCCGCCACCACAAAUACAUGGCCUUGUUCGGCCUGUAUUCGUCUGAAGCUUCACUGUGUGCGCCCCAAUGCUCAGUAUGAAGGGUCGCCAGAGGAAAGUCAACCAUACGAGCCCACGAGAGCCGAGUUCGAGGCUGGCCAAGAGAGUUUUAGGCAAAUGGCGAUGCAGCAACCUUCACCACAACACAUGAUGGCCAGUGGCCACCCUAAGCCGACUCUGUACGCCUCGCAACCCGGCCCGUAUUCUAACCAUCAAGCACUAUAUCCCCUCACACAAUACGGCGACGCAACCCCGGUACAGCAGCACAUACCAUAUGGAUCGGUACCACCGCCUCCCGUCGGCGUUUUAGAUCAAUCUUAUGCGCCACCCAAUGUCUUUCCAACACCACCAUUGCCAGAGAUAUCUGCUUCCCACUCUGGCUCGUCGCCCGAAUCUUAUCACGCUGAUCAAUAUGGGCAGCAUGACUUGGCAGAUCUCCUUGGCCCGUUGAAGCUCGAUGAGAGGGGUACAGCACCUUAUCUGAAUAACAAACAAGCUUUAGCUACACAAGAGGAAGAACCCGCUGUUGAAGAUGCUGACGAUUAUAAGAAUGCCUUACCACCUGUGCUUACUAGACCCGGAUCUAAGAUAAGGAUACCGCCAGAGCUCAUGCCAGAUGAAGACACGAUUCUGCGUUAUUUCGAUCUCUAUUUUACCCAUGUGCACCCAUAUGUACCCGUUCUCAACAAGGCGCAGUUAUACCGUCAGUGGAGUACGAAUCGAGACUCCCUCUCACCUUUAUUAUUAGAAGCAAUAUUUGCCGUCGCCGAACGGCUUGCCGAUGAACCUGCACAAGGCCAGCAGUGGAUAGCUCUCGCCUCAAAGCAUGCCGACUUCUUCAUGGACGUGCCCCGCUUGAGUACUCUCCAAGCACUUCUCAUCAUCCUCAAGGCCCGGGAGGCUGUUCCAAAACGUGGCUACUAUUAUCGGUCCUGGAUGUCUAUAGUUCAUUGCGUCGCCAUGGCGAGGGAUCUUGGUCUCGACGAGCACUGCCAGAAUCACAAAGCCGGAAAGCCGUGCGGUUCAGCGCCAGCUGAUUGCCUAACGAAAACACGUGUAUGGCAGACGAUAUUCAUCUGCGAGACCAUGAUCGCUGCGCCCCAAGGUCGAAAUGACUUGUCUGUUGAGCUAGAAACCCUCGAGUUCAACAUCCCUCAACCCAUGCCUGGUAUUGAAGAGGAUGAACAUCAAGUAUCACGUAAUUUUAUCUUCUUCGUUAGGAUUGUGCGAAUGAUUCACAAAAUGAACACCAUAUAUCUCAAGGUAAAAAAGAAGAAGGACUGGGGUUUAGACCCCGAAUUCGUCCAGCUCAAUCCACAGCUCCGGUCUUGGUUGAACGAACUGCCGCCACAUAUGGUAAUCACAUUCUCCCCAGAUGGAUCGCCGCCCUGGAUAUCAUCGCAUUUCAUCGGAAACAUGCACUCAUAUUACCAUUUGGCCACCAUCCUCCUUCAUCGACCACAGCUUUCCUUCUUGGAGCCCAUGGGCAUCGAUGGGCAGUGGAAAGAGCAUAUGAUGGUCUCAUAUGCUUCUGCAAAAGCUCUUUGCCGCUUGCAAGAGUCCAUGCUACAAUCCUUUGGGUUGAGUGGACUGCAAUGCAUGCAAAGAGGUAUUAGCUUCACGAUCUAUGCCAUAUUGUCCUGCAUCGUUCUUCAUCUUGUUGCAUUAACGUCUCCAGAUCCAGACAUCAAUACCGAUGCUCGUGAUUAUUUUACACGCCAUAUGAGGAUUCUCGAGAGAACCAUGGGAUCCUGGCCCCUUCCAGAAAUGCUAAAACAGAUAGAUGCCGUAAGGGAGGCAUUCUCUGCAGAUACAAGGAAACCAUUCGUCCUAAAGCCCAGCUUCCCGUAUGGUAGUCCACAUCCUAGUACGCAAUCGAGUCCACCUCGUAUGACAACUUUUAAGCCCCCCAUGUUGCGGACCAAUUCUUUGGAUCCAAAUCUGGACGUACACGGUGGUCCUCAUUCACACGUCAGUUAUCACCCCAUAACGCCCAUCUCUGUUGGAUCCGCGGACGGCAAGAGUGACUCUCCUUCUGUACAGUCGCUCUCCAUGAUGGGUGCAGGCCAAAGCACGCAACCGCCUCUUUCCCACACGCUACCGCUGGUAGACCCUCCUUCCUGGAACCCAUCUCGAAUAUUUGAUCAAUGGAAUUCAACGUUUGGUACGCCGCUUCCACCCCAACCGACUUCGGUGACUCCACAGUCAAGUUCUCUAAACGUUUCCUCAGGUGCUCCCGAAGUCCCAACUACUCAGGACAUGGCCAUCGCCAAUGCAUCCCUGUCGGCCCCGCCGCCACAGUUACACCCCCAGCAGUACUCGGCGCCACCUGUACAGGCCUUUGUCACGCCGGCCAUGUGGCAAGAGUCUGUAGCGAGUGUAUACGAAUCUGGUGGUCUCAAGAGACACUGGGAUUACGACAGCAGUGCCUCUAUAUCCGAGACGUUGAAUAAACGGCGAUAG